UGAUUUCCGCCACGUGUUACUUGAAACGAAAACACCGUUUCUGAGACUACGCCGCCGUAUCUCAAGUCACGCCUUUUCUCACGCAACUCCCUCGCUCUCACUGAAAAAUCAUCAAAUUAAUUUCCGAAUCUGCAAAUAUCGGGAAGAGAGGGAUUUUGUGCAUUAAAGCCAGUCAAUCUCGCCGAUUGGGGGCAUCAAAGGUGCAUUCCAUAUCCCUUUCACUGGAUUUUCUUCGUAAAUAUUUGAUAUCUAGGUCUUGUUACAGUAGUGUUGGAGAAACAGGUCAUAUAUUAGGAUUUUUUUGAUGUCUGCAAACCUUGAUCACAUCGAUUUGAACUCCGAGGCUCUUCCGGUUGAACCAGAAACUGAUGCUAAUGGGUUCAAUGUAUCGGAACCGAGUGCUGGCGUCGGUGUCUCUGUUAUCGGAAACCUAGCGGAACUGGGUUAUGAGAAAAGUAGGGAUUCUCAUGCGGUUAAUGAUGAGGAAGUGAGGCGUGAGGCAGUGGCUGAUGAACUGGGUGGUGGUGGUUUAGAGGGCAAUAUUGUGUCUCUUGUUAGAGGGUUUGAUAUGGAAACCGAAGCCGGAACGUUAGAUGAGGGGAGUGAUGCAAAAAUGGGCGGUGUUAAUGGAGAUGUAGAGCCUGGAAUUGAUGGUGAGGUAGAGGAGAGUGUAGUGGGGAAAACUAAGUCCCCUGUUAGAGGGUUUGAUAUGGAAUCGGAAAUAGGAUCUGUAGAUAAGGGGUUUGCAGAAGUACGUGAUGCUGCUGUAGAUAGAAAGCCUGGAAUAUAUGGCGAGGUAGAUGGAAUAGAUGGUGAGGUGGAAGAGGAAGAGGCCCAUAUCGUGAAUUCUUGUCAGCUUGAGGGGCUAUUGACAGGAGGGGCUUGUGCUUCUGUGUAUUCAAGCUCCAUUGGGGAUUCAAUCAAAGUGCAGAAUGCCCAUGUGUUGGAGUAUUCUCCUGACAAUGUGGGGGAACUACAUGUCACAAAUACCAGUGAAGUUGUAGCUUCUGAUGGACUGCAAAAUGAGGAGAUGGAAAUUGAUAAACGGGUCGAUGUAGUUGAUGAUCAGGUUAUGUCCCUUAAUGCUCCAGACCCAAUGGUCUCUCAAAAUGAUAGGGAUGAUUUUAAUCCGUUUAAUCUCGUUGUAGAUUUGAAUUCAUGUAAGAGUGCGGAUGGCAAUGGACCGGAUGAGUCUAAUGUUCAAUUUGCUUCAUCAGAAGUCAAAUUCCAAUUCUAUGAUCUGGUAUGGGGUAAAGUGAGGAGCCAUCCUUGGUGGCCAGGACAGAUAUUUAAUCCUUCAGCUGCAUCAAAGAAGGCGAAGAAGUAUUUCAAGAAUGACAGUUAUUUGAUAGCAUUUUUUGGGGAUCAAACCUUUGCUUGGAAUGAUGUGUCGAAAAUAAAGCCCUUCUGGUCCUACUUUCCACAAAUGGAGAAGCAGAGCAAUAUGGAAAGUUUCCUCAGCGCUAUUGAUUGUGCUUUGGAUGAGGUUGCUAGACGUGUGGAGUCUGGGCUCGCAUGUCCGUGUUUAUCUGAGGAAUCAUAUUCUAAGUUCAGAACUCAGAUAGUUAACACUGGAAUUCGAGAGGAAUCAAGGAGAGACGGUGGGGACAGUUUGCCAAGUGUAGCUUCUUUAGAGCCCGUGAAACUUCUGGAGCGUAUAAGAGCGAUGGCACUGUCACCAUUUGCUGAGUUUGACAGGCUGGAAUUUGUAAUUGCACAAGCCCAAGUGUCAGCGUUUUAUCGUCUGAAGGGUUAUUGCCAGUUGCCGGAAUUCACUGUGCUCGGUAGGUCAUGGGAGAGCGAUGUAGAGACCUCCCUAUCAGGAGAAGUUAAAUAUGAUAGUGAAGUGGUUGAAACUGCUGCUUCCAAAUUUAAAGAAGAUGAACAGCUCCCUGGGAUGGAAGAGUCAAUGAGGCCAAAGGGUGUUUCUUCUAAACGUAAGCUUACCUCUGAGGAUGGUAUGCAUACCACCAAAAAAAGGAAGAACUUAUCAGACUUGAUGGCAGGGAGGCAAAUGCAUAUGUCACAUGGUGAACGUGGAUCAGAGAUAAGCAGUGGUUAUAAAGUGAGCUCUGCGAAGUCUGGUAGGAAACGCAAGUCAGUUGAUUCUACUUCCGAUGAUUUAGAAGAGAAACGUGUGCCAAGUUAUUUGUCGAAAGUGAAUGAUAACAAGUCUCCACAGCCUAGGGAAACUUUCCGAGUUGGAAAGAGUAUCCUUAGGGUUGCCAGUCAACUGAAUGGCUCAACUCCGAUACACAAAAAUGGUGAUGGGACAUCAAGAAAAACUGCGAUGAAGAAAAAAAGCAUAGAAAAAGUUCUCUCUGGGAAAUCGUAUAGUGAAAGACUAAUUCUGAUAAAGGAUUGCUCACCUGAGGAGAUGCUAUCGCAGCUCCGUUUAGCUGCUCAAGAUCCAAUGAACGGAUACAGAUUCUUGACAUCAGGCAUUAGUUUCUUCAUGGAGUUCUGUGACUCUGUUAGCCCAGAGUGUAUCAACCCGGAGAAUGACAAACAAUUGGAGCUAGAAGUGUGUGGUAAUGACACUGAAAAAGACUCAAAGAAUUCGGGAAUUUGUGAAACUUCUGAGUUGGAGGGUAUCAAAGACUCUUAUUGGCCUGUUAGGAUUGUUCAAAGUAUGCCAGAAGAGCCACCGCAACCUGAGAAUCAGACCGAAGCUGGUGAUUUCCUGCCUAAAACUCCUAGUGAGAAGUGUAGUUCUGCAAUUGAAUUACAAGCAACUGUUCAAUCAAGUCCCGACUUGGAUUCUAAACAGUGUACUGGUGGUGGGACUCGUGAUUUGGGAUCAUCAGGGCCAUUGAACCGUGUGGAAAAUAGCUGUGGUGAAGAUCUCUCUCCCACAGCUCUAAUCCUCAACUUCACUGACAUUGAUUCUGUUCCUUCUGAAGCAAAUCUGAACAAUAUAUUUGGCCAAUAUGGCCCUUUGAGGGAAUCAGAGACUCAAGUGCUGAGGAAGAGUAGCCGCGCCAAAGUGGUUUUCAAGAGGCGCGCUGAUGCAGAAACAGCUUUCAGCAGUGCUGGGAAGUACAGCAUUUUCGGACCAUCACUCGUCAGUUACCGCCUAAAGUAUAUGCAGUCAACAGCAAGUAAAGCUUCUGGCAGUAUAAAAAGGCAAAUCAAAAAAGGUUCAACAUCUGUGGAAGAAAAUGAAAAUUGAAGUCUUUUGGGAUAAUGAUCAUCAUAUAUUGCUUUUAGCUUAUUUUGCAGUGAUCUUUUCCUUCUUUUUUUUUUGUGGUUCUUGGGUCAUAUAAUUGGUAGGUUUUUUAGUGACCUAAUUUGAUAUGCUGUGCGGCACUAGGAUUGAACAGUUUAGUAAUUGAUGUGAAAAAUAUUUAGAAAGCAGGCUAAUCAAUAUAUCUUACCAUUCCAAAAUUUCCAUUACCA